AGUAGGAAGCAACCGACGCAACGGAGUUUCUUGACCCCGGUGAACAAGGGAGAAGCUCCGUCUACUAUUAUUAUUAUUGGUAAUUACUUCUAGACAACUGUCCAAGAGGUCUCUUAUUGGCGGGAUGGUGGCCGACCCUCUAGCGCAAAUCCUCACGCAGGUGAUCGACGAUGUGAGCUUCUCGCAGACGCACACCGUCAGCGAAGACUUCCGGGUCUACCCAAAGUCUUCCAUUGAGAGCGUGAACACGCUGCAGCAGGAGCAGCGCAAGCGCGUCGAACAGACCUACGGCGCCCGCGCCCCCUCACCCGACUUCCUCGGCUCACAACUUCUGGCGGAGUACCGCGGCGAGGCGGCGUCGCUGCAGCUGGCAAAGGAGUCCGGUGAUCCAAACUUCCCCACCUCGAUCUCGCGCAUGACGAGUGAGCAGGGCAGGCAGUUCAAGAAGGACAUGAAGCAGCGCAUCCACGAGUGGGAGUCGACGGUGCGCCAGGCGACGGGGCAGGCGGACGUCUUCCCUGAUCAAAAAGCGUCCCUACGCUCCAUCUAUGAGCUCUACCGCGCCAUCAAAAUGAAGGUGCUAGGGGUGGAGCAGUCGGUGGCGCCGCACGGGGGCGGGACAGAGCCGUCCGUCGCGGUCCGCGAGGUCUCGCAGAGUGUGGCGGCGACUGCCCCGGCGACUUCGUCUGGGGCUGGAGGUGGAGCUACCGCCGCAGGCAGCCGCGGCGAGAGUACACGGGACAGCGGCACCGUCGCGAAGGAGUCGUCUGCGUCAGCCAACGCCGCGGCAGCGAAGCCGGCGGGCAGGCCGAGCGGGGUGGCGGUAAGUCGGGCAUCUUCAACGGCCAGUGUUGCCGGGUCGACUUCAAGCGCUGUAUUGCCGGACUGGAUGCAACGAAUUGAGCGGGUGCAGCUGGGCACCGACGAUGUCACCGCCAUGUCCGACGACGCGUUGCAGACGGAGAAGCGCACCUUGAAGCAGGUGUUGCACCGCUUUGAGAGCGAUUUUGAGAAGUUCAACGGUGUGCGUCCUGGGCGGCACGACCGGCACGGGUUUACCGGUGAGUACCACCGCUAUGGCGAGCUCAAGAACGAGCUGACACGUCGGGCGCAGAACAAAUGAACCCCUUUGAAGGCGAGUCCUCUUUUCCCCCAAUAUUUCCUCUCCUUCCGCUUAUUGCUCUGCUUUCCCUGCGUCACUUGCGUUCGUUAUAGGUGUUUCGAUUUUUGUUUGUUGCACGAGCACUGCUGUCUGCGCUCACUUCUCAUUUCGCGGCAUCCCACUCAGGUCAGUAGCACUUCUUGUUUGUUCGUAGAGUACCUUAUAAUUCUUCCACCUCUUUUUCUUCUUCUUGCGCAUAUCCUUUCAACUGACGCCAGAGAGGCAAGAGCUGCAUACAGAAGAGCACAGGAGUCUCGCACGUACGUGCAACGAUUUACGCCGACGUCAGCAAAAACCUCUUUCGUGUUUUCGUUUUCCUGCUUUGUGCGUUCUAUUUUAAAAGCCCCUUUGUACCUCCUCCCAUGUACCUC